AUGAAAAAAACAAGUAGAUUCGCUUCUAUUGUUAAACUCGUAGAUAUUUAUGGAAUACCUAUAAACGUAAAUUUCUAAAACGAUGAUACCCACAGAACAACUUUUGGAGCGAUAAUCUCUAUUCUUGUGUUCUUAACGUUUGGAUUAGCUACCUAUUUUUAUGGAUAGGAAUUAUUUUAUAAGACUAAUCCUAUUGUUAUCACAAGCGAGUAAUAUGUUAAAAACCCUGAAAGAAUGACUAUUGAUAAGGAAAAGCAAAUAAUAGUCAUGGGUUUCAAUACAGCAGUAGGAAAAACGGUUUAUGAUCCUUCAAUUAUUCAAGUAAGAGCUACUAUUUCUUAGCUAGUAAAAGUCUAUAAUUAGACUACUUAAACAUACUCAAGUAGCCUCUAGGCAACUCCUUUGAAUAUAAGACCUUGUAACAGUAAUGACAUAAAAUCUGAUAAAGUAAAAGAUUAUUUUAAUGCGCUUAAUCUAAACUAGUACUUCUGCUUUGAUGACAAUUAAGAGGUUUUUGUUGAAGGAGAUUACUCAGGAGAUUUUUAUUCUAGAGUAGAUGUUUAUUUUUCUUAAUGUAAAAAUUCUACUAUACCUGGUUCUACUGUUUGCAAACCAUAAUCAGUAAUUAAUAAUGUUGCUUCUAACCUUUACUUCCUUGCAUACAUGAUUGACAAAAUUAUCGAUCCUACUAAUUUAGAGGAGCCAUUUGAUUAUAGAGGCUUUAACAUUGAGACUUAGACAUCUAUCUUUUAAAGUCAAUAGUUUGUGGCAUUUUUUGAAAAUUACUAUGUGUAAUCUGAUACUGGGUUCUUACAAAAAUCUUUACAAUAAAUAAGAGAUUUUAUGUAUGUUCAAUCAAGCUCAAGUAAUUUAUAUGGUUAAGAUGGGUUAUUGGUCCAAUUUACUUUAAGACCUUACAAGAAUAAAUAAUUAAUUAUGGAAAGAAGAUAUAUGAAAUUUUCUGAUCUUGUUGCCUAAUUAGGAGGUAUCUUAAAGCUUGUCACAGUAAUAGGGUUUGUAUUAACUUAUCCAUUUGCCAAAAUUCACUUAGAUAAAGAGAUUAUCAACAGUAUAUUUGAUUUUGAUUUUUCACAAGAUGAAAACAAUGACAAAAAUGAAAAUAAUAACCAACAUCAAAAAUAUAUGAUAGGUAAUAAUUAAAGUGCAAAUAAUUAGAUGGAUAAGAGUUAAUUUUCUUUUUAGAAAGAAACAUCAUAAAGGCAAAACGACAUCUCGUAUAAUUUCCAGCCAUAGUCUUAAUAUGAUUGUAAUCAAAGUAAUAUCUAAUAAAUUAAGCAAAUAAGUUAAUAGAAUUCUAAUACAGAAAGAAAGGAAGAACAAUACAUGAAAGCAAUUAAAAAUUAGGAAGAAUAACUAAGAAAAGAAAAUUUUAAAGAAAUUGAAAUGAAAAACCAAACUUAGUUAGAUAUCUCUUAAUCUAUGAAUUUAUCUAAAAGCUAGAAUUUAGCAACCAAAACAAAAUUCACUCAGUAAACAACAAAAAGAAAUGAAAGAAAUUAAAAUUCUUUACUUGAAAGUUAAGCUUUAAAAAGUGAAAGCUAAAUAGCAAAAGAAAAUGAACUGAAAUAAUCUUUUUUGAAUAGAAUCAGAAAUAUUUUAAAUCCUCAUAAAGAGAGGGUGAAGCUUACAUGCUCUGAAUAUCUUUCUUUCUUUAUUAAAUGCACAAGGUCUAAAAUGCUCUAAUUAAAAAAGUAAUUUAUUAUAAAAGGUGUUGACAAGGUCUAAAGCCAUUUAGAUAUUUAAUACAUCCUUUAAAAGUUAUAAGAAAUAGACAAGCUUAAAUAGAUUUUGCUAAAUGACGAUUAAAUUAAAUUAUUUGAGCUCUUACCUAGACCUGUCAUGAAAAAUGGAGAAGACAAAGGUAAUAAAAAAAAAGCAAACUAGUUUUAUGAAAAAGUCAAUUAGAGCUAUGAAGAGAAAGUUAAUAACGCAAUACAAUCCUUGAUUAAUAUUUUAAACUAGGAAAAGAAAUCUGUAAGAGAUCAUUAAUUAAUACAACUUUUAGAUGAUUACAUCUACAAGACUAUGAAAGAUAAUGGUCUCCUUUCUAAUUACGCUUCAAAUCCAAAAUAAAGUUACCCUAAUUAUCCACAAUUAGAAAAUAGUAAUCAUAUGAUGUUUGAUGAGGUAAAUGAGGAGUAAAAUUCUGCUCGAAACUAAAAUAAAAAUAAUAAGAUUGAUAUUAAUGAUAAUAAUAAUAAAGAAAAAGCAAUAAACAUUUCUACAGAAAAUAAUUAAUCAAAAUUUGAUUCUCCUUAAAUAAGCGCUGUAAGCUCAGAUCGCUAUUGCAGCUAUUUCAAGUGA